ACACUCUAGUGAGUAAUGACCAGGUCCCAGAUGCCAGGUCCCACCACGGAGAAAAUGGCCGCCAAUUUCGAAAAUUUUCAACCAAAUCGUGAACUUUUAAAUUCAAAAUUCGAGGGUUACAAGUUGUCGUCGGACACACCUAAUGUAGAAAGUGUAGCACUUGGAGAUGCUGUAAACAUUGUAUCGUUACGAGACGACGUUUUCUCUCAUUUACACGUCAAAGCAUUCGCUUGGACCAAUCAUUUAGUUAUUGAUGAAUGGACUCUAAGCAACAAGAGAACUUUCUUGUACUUUGUAGACGUCAACUACAGUGUGCAAAAAGUUUGCUUUCAGGACGGCAAACUUCAAAAAAUAAGCGCCGUUUUCAAAAUCCCGAUAACUGAAGAAAAAGUAUCUCAUCAACUGAACGCUUGCAUCACGUUUCCUAAUGAAAGUAUUGCCGUAAUAUCUGAUGGUGUUGGGAACCUCUUUGUGGUUCAAACCUCAGACCGUACACAAGAUCAUCCUUGGAUCACCUUACUAACUCAUAGCAUUUCCCAGCCUUUUUCAAUAUUACAUUGCCGUUUCAAACCUGAAGAGUCAAACAGCCUUGGUGUUUUAUUAUUAAGUGUUACAACAGAUGACACGGUCUUUGCCCCCAGACAUAAUGUAAUUUUAACUAUGGUGAUACUUCAUGCAAGCAGUGCUGAAAAUGGAACAUUAAGGUUUAUAUUUCAAGAGCAGAAGGAGUUCCAAAGUCAGUCCGUACCACUAUAUGCUGCUCUUGAUAUGGGAAAUGAUGGAAUUUUGAUUGCCAGUGAAAAACCAUUUGGUAUGAUGACGGAUGCAAAGGAAGGUUGCAUUGAUCGAGAGGUUAGUAAUCUGACAAAAGAUUCGCCAAGUGAAAUCAAGAAAGAAUCAACCACCAACAUGAAGUACACUUGGAGUCAAGAUAAGGACAGUGUUACAAUUUUGUUUACUUUGGAGAAAGAUGUAGAGAAAAAUGACAUCACGUUUGAUGUGAAAAAAAAAUUUAUCAAAGCUUAUGUGAAAAAUGGUGAUAGUUUACUUGAAGGAGAGCUGUUUGGUUAUGUUGAAGCUGAUGCUUGUACAUGGACUUAUGAAGGACACAAGUUGGAAAUAACCCUCGCAAAGAGUAAUGCAGAUGAACCGUGGACUGAGGUUGUUAGUGGGGAUUCCAAUGGGAUCUAUGAUGCAAAUGGAAGUGAUGCAUCCAUGUUAUCUGACAUGAUCAGUGAUAAGACUGGGAACAAACAAGUGGAUUCACUUUGCAAUCCAUCAGAGCUCGAGGAAUGUGAUUCCUUGACUGAAGAUACUGCUUUUAUGGUCAGAAUUGAUUUGCGCAACGGACAGACUUCUCAAAAAACAAGUCUCUCUACUCACCAAUGGUUGUUUACCAAAGCCAUGAAACAACAUCAGGCACCAGCAUUUUGUAUCAGGCACGACGUCGACGCUCUCAUCUGGCAACCAUCGAACGACGGCCGUGGUAAGGUGACAUGGGAUCACAUUGGUACUUUGGACGCAUUUGGCUUUGUCCAUGCUUCAAAAAAGCAAAAGUUCACUUCGUGUUCACCAGACAUGCGUUAUGCGGUCAUAUGUGAUGCAAAAAAUCUUGUAUUUACAUACCACAGGCAUUCGGAUAAAGAUGCUGCACAUGCUAAGCAGAAGUUGUUGCGCUUGGAUGAUGUGGGAUCUGAUGGGAUCAUCGGUAUGCAGGCAUGUAAUGAUGUUAUCUUUGUUUUGGGCAAAGAAAGACUGUUUUCUGUUACUUUCUAAAUCAUUCGAUAUUUUCAGGUACGUUUAGCAAUUUUUCACGUAUCCGCUGUAGCUCAUUCAGUUUAAAUAGUCCGAAUUUUUUGUCUUUCUUUGCGAAAUGAAUUUUAUGUCAUUUGUAUUGGUUUAUCACCGUUGCAUGCUGGGACUCAGAAUGUUUCCGUAGCAUUUUCCCGCGCAAAAAGAGAGCAAAACUUAGAAGCGCGUUUAUCUACAUGAAGUAAACGACGUAUUUGUAAGGAAUGCCAAAUUCUUCGAGAUCGAUGGACUGUUUCAACGUUCAGUCUUGUGCACGUUUUGAAACAUGUUCUGAGUUUUAGCAUGUGAUGUAUUACACAUCCAUUGUACGACAGUCUUGAUUUUAUUAUGGCAAACUGUUCCUGCACAAGUUUUGCUGGCAGGACAAAACAAUGGAUAUCACACGAACAGCAGUAGACCUCAAGACCUUUACCAAGCACUUGAAAAGCACAUGUGAAAAUUUUUUUAACGAAGCCUGUAUAUGUAAUUUUUUUUCGCAUUCAUGUUUUGUCUAAACAUUAUAUUAUUUGUUGAGCUUAUAAUACUUAUAUCCUCUAGUUGGAAGAAUAGGUUUUUGCUUUUGAAUGAUAGGAUACGGUAGCAAAUUGCUACUGUAUUAAAAUAUAAAAGGAACAUAAUACGAU